GAGCCUCCUCAAGACGAGCAGAGACACACUGCGCUGUCAGGGGCAGCAGUGAACCAACAGAGGAGCUAAAGCCGAGGCGGGGCGAGGUUGGACAACAGCAGCUUUUCUCUGCCUCAAACAUUCUCGCCAACAUGCCUCAAGCAUGACAGUAAACUGGUUUAGCUGGGUGACGGGGGAAAAGCAAUGUAACAGAAAAACUUUCGACAAGUCCCACCUGGACUACAAACACGACACAGUCGCGAAGGAAAAACAUGGUGAGGAAGGCGAGAUGACUGGUUUAAAGUUUAACCGACGGAAAGCUUGACGAGUACUUGUCAGAGGGACUACAGUAUGGCACGUCGCUCUCAGUGUUCUUCUGCUGGGGACAACCCCCUGGACCCCAACUACCUCCCUCCUCACUAUCGAGAAGAGUACCGCUUGGCUAUUGACGCACUGGUUGAAGAGGACUUGGAGGGGUACUAUCAGUUCCUCCAAAAAGUAGAUGUUGUGGACUUCCUGUCCACAUCUGAGAUCCAGUAUAUUCAGGAGUCUGUUCAGGUCCCUCAGCACAGCAGCCACCCUGAACAACGUUUUCUAGAGACAGGUGGAGAUGGCUCCUCUGACACGUACUGGCCGAUUCACUCUGACCUGGAUGCCCCAGGUUUGGACCUUGGCUGGCCUCAGCUGCAUCACUUCAUUGGGCCCACAGAGGUCACCACUCUGGUCAACCCCCCUGAGCCUGACAUGCCAAGUAUCAAGGAGCAGGCCCGACGACUUAUCAAGAAUGCUCAGCAGGUGAUCGCAAUAGUGAUGGACAUGUUUACUGAUGUUGACAUUCUCCACGAUAUUCUCAAUGCUGCCAUGAGGAAUGUUGCUGUCUACAUUCUUCUAGAUGAGCAGAAUGCACAUCAUUUCGUCAACAUGGUGUCUAACUGCAGAGUCAAUAUACAGAGCAUUCAAUUUCUACGUGUGAGAAUAGUGUCUGGCAUCACGUAUCACUGCCGCUCAGGGAAAUCUUUCAAAGGUCAGAUGAUGGAUCGCUUCUUGUUGACAGACUGCAGGGCCGUGCUGAGUGGAAACUACAGCUUCAUGUGGUCUUUUGAGAAGCUCCACCGCUGUAUGGCACACCUUUUCCUUGGACAGCUUGUGUCAACCUUUGAUGAAGAGUUUCGUAUUCUGUUUGCUCAGUCGCAACCUCUGAUAAUUGAAAAUAUGUUCGGUCCUGUGGAAGAUUUCAAUCUUUCACAAAAAAGGCAAUACCUAAGUGACAGAACAUUGUACAGAGACCCAAGGAAGUUUCAAUCACUGGACAUGGCUCAUCCAGAGGAUUUGGCGAGACAUUCCUAUGAUGAACGUAUGGAUGUGGACUGGAGAAUGAUGCCCCUCAAAAGGAAGGAAUCUUUGCACGGCCCUGCAGAUAUCUACAGCAGGUUUCCAUCCCAGCAAUCACGCUUGGAUCCACCUUUUGAUCAGGGUCCUUCUAGGAUGCCCAUGAUGGAAAAUCCUGCCUUUAAACGUCACAGUUAUGCUGAAGGUGUUCAUGGUAGAUAUUCUUUCCCAUUCCUGCCGCAACAGGGGAUGCCAGAACCUGAGAACCAGGGAAGGCAGCUUUACAGACGGCAGCAGCCAUUCCUAGGACCAGGGCCAGGGAAAGAAGCAGAUUACAGUGACAAAUUCUGGAGUCAAGACUAUCAUUCAGGAGAUCAGUAUUCUGAACCUGGUUUACCACAAGAAAUGGAACCACCUGAUAACUUUGAUCCUGUGCUUAACUAUUUAUCAUCUACCAGAAAUGCUGACUUUGACCAGGGCUCAGAUAAAUUACCACCAGCAGAAGAUUUACCUUUUAGUUCAUCUUACCCUAGAAGAUUGAGUUUAGGUCAGUCGUAUGCCUGUCAAACAUCUCCCACCAGCUCAAAUCCUACUGAGCAGAAGCAGUUUUUCCAGGAGCCUAACUUUAACCGCAAGGAUCCCAUGGUGAAACGAGGGCUAAGAGACUGGAGGAUUAGCUCAUACCUCAGUGCAUACGAUAAUAAAGGAGACGAAGGCCUUCCAUUGGCGCCACCAUAUCUCUCCGAAGAGCCUUCUGAACCCAUACAGCAAACAAUACCAGGCACAGAUUUAUCAGUCCCUAAAAUCCUGAAUGUCAGAGAGUUUAAGAUUCCUGCAAUACCCAGGGCAAGUCAGAUGCCAAGUUAUUCCAAAACCACUGCACAAGAGCAGCCAAAGAAAUUGCCUGAUGAUCCUUCAGCAGUUGCAGUAGAAACCAAAACAACCCCAACACCUUCAGAGUCAUCAUCCACAACUGAAGGGGAAAAAACAGAGGAAGCAGAGCAAAAGGAACCGAAAACUGCUUUUCUUCAUAGGGAGGAGUCAUUCCGUAGGAAAUACAGCCCAGCAGUACCAAGGAGCUCUAGGUUAAGAUCCUCUCUGAUAUUCAGCUCUUUGGAGCAGCAGCAACAGCAGCAGCAUACCUCUCAAGAUACCAAAACCACUCCAAGCCAAAAGGAUGAGGAAAGCAAUAAAAGCGAGGCUGAACAGACAAAGCAACCUUUUGUUUAUCAGGCUUUGGGACAAAGGAGGUCUACUGCAAGAGAACCUUUUGAAUGGAGUAGUUACAAGAAAUCAGCCACUUUUGAUAGCUCUGCCACAGAGUCAUCCAAAACUGAUGUUGGAAACAGUAAAGAAGAUGAUAAAGAUUCAUCUAACAAUGAAAAUCCAAAGGAUUUUUCAGAAAAACAUGAGGCACAAGAGUCAUUACAACAGCCAGAUGUAGAGCAAACAGAUUCUUCACCAUCAAUGCCUCAAUCCAAGCCUUCUGAAGCUGAACUGCCCAAAAUUGUUCAGCCAGUACAACCACCCAAAUCUUUGCUCACCAGUCCAUUGUAUGUUGAUAUGAGUGAUCCUGAUAAGAGGCUAAUGUUUUUCAAAGAGUUGGCAGCAAAACGAAAAGCUGCUAAGACAGCAGAAGCUAAAAAGAGCAAAGAGAAAAUUUUGAUAAAACCACCAACUGAGCUAAAAACUGCUGUUACAAUGGAAGAAACUGGCUCACCAGAAGCUGCAGAAAAGAUGGCGGAUACUGCAAUAUCUGAGGGUAUAUCAGAGAAAAAUGCUACUGCAGAGUAUAGAGGGAAAAUACCACCCACAGAGGCAUCCAAAUCAGUCAGUCUUUCUUCAGAAACCAGUGCUAAGACUAACAAGGAGGACAGUCAGGUCAAGAAUGAUCCCAGUAUCACCCAAAGCUGUAAAGAAGCAGCACAAACAAGAGUGUCAACUGAUUCAGAGAUGAUAGAGCUGAAGAAUGGUCAACUAGCUGCAACUCUGCCUGUUUCCGCAGAACCAGUAGAACCAAAGCUGUCAGAUCCUGCUGUAGAAAGGAGUAGCCCCAGUCAUCCACCAACGCCGACAAAUGCUACUCCUACCAAUGUUCCCUCUCUUGCACAAGGUACUAAUGAAGGUGAAAACCCAUGCCUUGAUUCUACCUCAAAUACGUCUAGCUUACUCCCUCCCAGUUCAGUGGAGGCACCACAAGCUUCUGCAUUCAUAGCCUUGGAUUCAAAAACCCAAAAUCCUAAACCAGAUCUGUUAGAAACCAGCAUUUCUUCUCCACUGUUAUCUGAACAUAUUGGAUCAGAAUUUGACUCCCCUAACCUGUCAGUACAACGCGCAUCCCCAGAUCACAUUCUUCCAGAUUCAGGGACACAGAUCAGUCCAAGUCCACACUCUAGCCCUACUACUCUUUCCACUCCAGUAGAGACCAAAUCUUCUGAUGUUACCUCAGAAGACUCAAGCUCAACCCCAACUUCCAGCAUAUUGUCCCUAAAUGCACAGGGAACUGCCCACCCCUUAGCACAGUCAGUUGAGGAAACGUCAGAAAAAUCUACAACUUCUCCAAUAAGACAGACAGAAUCUAAUUCUACCCAAAACGAUGUAGAUUCUGUUUCCGAACUGACAACACCUGAGGUCCCUUCAGCACUUGGCUCUGCAAAUGUGGAAUCUGAUAUGUCUCCAGCCACAUGCAGUCCUGGUUCAGAGCCAGAGUCAGAGUCAGAAAACUGCUCUGUUCCUCCAGUUGUUGGAGAGGAUUCUGAGGUUCCUGGAUCAUCAAAGGAUGUCAAAGCUGAUAGCACAUCUCCUACCGUUAACCCUUCAUCACCUGAGUCAUGUUUACCUAAUGUAGCUGAUGUAGAAAGUAUAUGCAGAUCUGAUCAAAAUGAGAAUGUUACACCUCCUCUCUCCCCAGCAGUUCCUCUGUCUGAGCAUUCUCUAGCAGAAACAAACUCGCCUGUCCCUCUGGAUUUAACUCCUAAUGCUUCCCAAUCAGAAGUAACUGUAUCUCCUCAAGAUGCACCGAUACAAGUGACGCCUCCCUCUGAACUUAACCUGACAGGACCUGUCACGCCCUCUCCUGCUGAAACAGUAUCAUGUUCUCCUCCUCUAACUGAGUCAGUUGCAUCAGUUUUGUCCCCUGAAGCUGAAAAAACAUUAUCUGUAUUACACAGCCUCUCAGAUACUAACUUUCUUACUGAGCAGGAUACAACAGAUGCAAACAAAACUCCAGUGCUCCCAUCAACAGAAACUUGUAGCCCAACUGAGCCUACCUCAAAAGUCCCACCAGAGCCUGAUCUAAUUUGCAAAACACCUGAAUCUGUGACUUCUGAAACCCACCUCUCAGAGUCAGCUGUACCUGCUGACAAUAGUAAUACUGACAGUCAAAGUAAAGUAAGCCAAGACCAAGAGCCUGAAAUGCCUGACAGAGGUGAGAAAAAAACUGAUCACACUGAGGACACAAACAAGGUUAAUAAAACUUCUACACAGGAAUUGGCCUGCAGUGAGAAAGCAAAAGUCCAAGUAAAGCAAAAUAGCUGGUCUGACCUGCCAGAGAGCAGAUCAGAUGAAGUUGUUGCUCCAUCACCACAGUCGAAGCAGCCAAAAUCAAGCCAGUCUCGCUACCAGUCAUCAACAGCCAACAUACUCUCAAGCAGUAACCUCAGAGACGAUACAAAGCUGCUUCUAGAGCAAAUUUCUGCUAAUAACCAAAGCAGGAAUGAAGCCACCAAAGAGUCUCCUGUCACAGAUGACGAAAAGGAAGACGAGGCUGACAAAAAUGCCAAAAGGGAGAAAGAAAGAAAUAUAAAAUCACUCAGCAGAGGGCAGCCUAAGUCCACUCAGGAGCGUGAGAAGCUGCUGGAGAGGAUUCAGAGCAUGAGGAAGGAGAGGAAAGUUUACAGUCGAUUUGAGAUGGCGCCUUAAAUGGGAAAAGAAAGUUGACAGGAUAAACAGUACAUUCAGUACUUGUCGAUGAAAGGAAAAUUAAAUAACUGAAGACAUGUUCAGAAAAGAGCUUCAACAGAAAUGGCAUUUCACCGCUGGCUCUCUGCAACAAGUCGUGUCAUGUAAAGAGGAGGCACAGGAUCUGUAUCAAUGGCACUGAGUUUAAAGGGCAAUAUCCAAACCUGAUGUCUGAAUUACAUGUGCCAUGGACAAGAAAGGGCUUUUUAUUGUGAGUGAAGCAUCAGGUUGCUAUAAGUGUGAGAAGUACAUGGACUGAGGCUAUACAGUGUGUGUGUGAUCAGAUAUGUUUUUAGCGACUGCAUGGGUAAUGUGCAAUGUUUGCAACAGGUUGUCUCUAUGAUGAGGUCUGUCCCUGCCUUUUGUGCAGCACUGACAGCCACUACAUUAAUGUUAGCUGGGUUUACGUCAUGUGAUGUGAUGUAAUGUCAUGUUAAAGUGUAAUACAUAAUCUGAAGUAGUCCAAGUUUGUGAAACUGUAAUAUACGGUGGGUUAUACUGUAGUAAUCAUGUUAAACAAAGAUGUAGAUAAUUACGUGCAUAUGUGAAACAAGCGGAUAUAUAACUUCAUAUCCGUGCAGAACUGUUAUUGUUCUGGUGUAAAUAAAUUGUAACUUUGAUUCUUUGUAUGGAAUUGAAAUGAUGAACAAAUCUAAGAUUGAAACAGAACACCAGCUUAAAUGUGACUCAUUGACUUUAUUAAUAUUAAAUUUUACACCAUAUAGUUUGUUAUCGUAUGUUUUCUUUCUUUUAUCAAUUGAAUGUUAUCAAGUAGGACCCAUUGGUCAAUUUUUCAGGACGUACCUGGAUGUCUUAAAGGGUGAUUUCACCUAAAUUAACUUGAAUCACCCAAAAGAUUUUUAUUUUAUUUAGUUGAAUAUUUCAAACAAACACAUUUGUUUUUCAAACGAAAGUAGGGUCUUUCAUCUUUGGCCAUGUAAAGCCAAAGCUACCUGCAUGGCUAGAUUCCAUUAUAGGGAUAAUUGAUGAAAUAUGGGGUUGCUUUUUGUAAUUUGCUUGAAUAGACCCAUUAUUGUCUUCGUAACGUACCGUUUUAAAUCACUUGUACAUUGAAACAAGAAAUUCUGAAACCCUAAAAGAAUUAACAGAAUAGUAUGUAGAUUUUUACUCUGUAAGUUACAUUUUAUAAUGGAUUUAUGACAGCAGCAACACUUGCCAAUAAAACUUGAAAAUGG